UUCGAAGUUGACACCAUCAUCCCUGAUUCUCUGUCCUGUUCUUGUUUUCUUCUUCUCUUCUUAUUGCUUCCAGAUCCGAGCACACAACGCCGAUCGCUUUCUCUCCACCUCCCAUUCAAUUCUCUUCCAUACCCACUUGGCCACUUCUUUGUCCUCUCUCUCUCUCUAAGUUGGGUUGGAGAGGAAGAGAGAUAUGGCGGUGAAAAUGGGAUCUUUCAGGCACAAUUUUGCAGAGAAGAGGGAGAGGCUUCUCUCCUACAAGACGUAUUCUGAGUUGGGAAUUGACAACAUAGGAGAAGAACAUGGAGAACUGGAGAUCAGGCACUCCUUGUGGCGUUCUCUCUGCGACAAAAUUGCUGAGUCGUGCAGGAGAUUGGAAGAUAUUGCGGGCAAGGCAUGGCAGAUGGGUCGGUCCGAUCCCAGGAAGAUUGUGUUCUCCGCGAAGAUGGGUCUGGCUUUGGUGCUCAUCUCUCUGUUGAUUUUCCUCAAAGAACCCUUCAAGGACCUCAGCCGCUACUCCGUCUGGGCCAUCCUCACAGUCGUGGUGGUUUUUGAAUUCAGCAUAGGAGCAACUCUCAGCAAAGGGUUCAACCGUGGGUUGGGGACAUUAUCAGCUGGAGGACUUGCUUUGGGCAUGGCAGAGUUGUGUGAGUUGGCAGGGGAAUGGGAAGAACUUUUUAUUAUUCUCAGUAUAUUCAUCAUAGGAUUUGCUGCGACUUAUGUAAAACUGUACCCAACAAUGAAGCCAUAUGAAUAUGGAUUCCGAGUGUUCUUGUUGACAUAUUGUUUCAUAAUGGUAUCUGGAUAUAGGACAAGAGAAUUUGUCUACACAGCUGUAACGCGGUUUCUGCUCAUUGCACUUGGUGCCAGUGUUUGUUUGGUAAUUAAUAUAUGCAUAUAUCCCAUCUGGGCUGGUGAGGAUCUGCACAAUUUGGUGGCAAAAAAUUUCAUGGGUGUUGCUAAUUCCUUGGAAGGUUGUGUCAAUGGUUACCUAAACUGUGUUGAAUAUGAGAGGGUGCCUUCAAAAAUACUUACUUAUCAAGCAUCUGAUGAUCCACUUUAUAGUGGUUAUAGAUCUGCUGUAGAAUCAACAAGCCAAGAGGAUGCUCUGGUAGGCUUUGCUAUCUGGGAGCCUCCUCAUGGUCCUUACAAAAUGUUUAGAUAUCCUUGGAAGAAUUACCUCAAAGUAAGUGGUGCACUAAAGCAUUGUGCAUUCACGGUCAUGGCCUUACACGGGUGUAUACUUUCAGAAAUACAGGCCCCAGCUGAACAAAGGCAGGUCUUUCGCAGUGAGCUUCAGAGGGUUGGUACUCAAGGUGCAUUGGUGUUACGUCAGAUUGGGAACAAAGUGAAAAAAAUGGAGAAAUUAGGUCCAGUGGACAUACUCUAUGAAGUGCACGAGGCAGCUGAAGAGUUGCAAAAGAAGGUUGACCGAAAAUCUUACCUUCUUGUUAAUUCAGAGAGCUGGGAAAUUGGAAGUAGGCCAACGUUUGAUGAUCCCCAAGACCUUCUGGACAUGGAUGGUAAUGAAAAUAAAGUUUUAGAAUUCAAGUCAAAAAGUGAAGCUGUGCUUGAUCUCAGAUCUAUACCUAAGCCAAGUUCGUGGGAUGCUCAGAAUCAUGGGGUGGAUUCCACCCAGACUGGUGUUGCUCCCCCAGAAAACAUGUUCAAGAGUCAGAUAUCAUGGCCUUCACAUAUCUCGUUUAAUGCAAAUGCUGUGCCCAAGGAAGAAGAGUCAAAAACAUAUGAGCAUGCAAGUGCAUUGUCUUUAGCCACAUUUACAUCACUUCUGAUUGAAUUUGUUGCAAGGCUUCAAAAUCUUGUGGAUUCAUUUGAAGAACUAAGUGAAAAAGCAAAUUUCAAGGAACCUGUUGAAUCAACACCAGCAUCAGAGGUGGAUGGCUGUUGGACCAGAUUAUGUUGGUGAUUGAAGUUCUUGAAUUGAGAUGCAAGAUUUAUUUGGUUAGAUGAUUACCAUUUUAAGUUGGAAAGCAGAAAACCUUGAUAAGUACCACAAGUUGAGCCUGCAUGCCAGAAGUUAGCUAGCAAUAUUGGUCUUGGCAAAUCAUAACCAUGUUAACUCAGUUUGGAAGAAUGGUCAAAACCCAUAUUUGUGGCUGAUCCUACCAACGCUAAGGAAUCUGCCUGACAUUGUAGCAUACAUCCAAAGAAGAUCAAAUUUAGAGCCUAUGUUCCAGAAGCUGGCCUGUAAUAUUGGUCUUAAAAAGUUGUAAUCUGCAUUGCUCAGAAUUCCAAAGUGCUACAGAGUCUGAUAAUUGUAGCUGACAUGACUUGCAGAGAGGAAUAAGCAUUCGAGUGCCAGACGCUGUGUGAGAGACUAAAUAGAUGAAUAAAUCUGCUAGAUAGUCGGGAUUGCAGGAUUAUCUUUUCUGCAGUUUAGGGCUCUUCCUGAAUUAGGAAAAUGGGGAACUCGUAAUUGAUGGAUUCCGCUGUGCAUUUCUGAAUGAUUGGACUGGCAAUGGCAGGAAUUGGAAGCAAAUGGGCAAGAAAUGAAGAGCAUGUUUGUAGCCUGCAGACUUGAAUCCCUUUUCAUCAAAAUCACCACAUGUUGCGCUGUAUUCCAUGCAUGAUAAACUGUAAUUGCAAGAUUAACACACAAUAGACACAUUGAUAUUGACAGUAAACAUGGCUGCUUUGAUACCAUGCAAA